UCGCAGAAAUUUGUAGUCACGUUGUUUUUAGCAGGCGUGUGUUGAACACCGCGCAUUGUGCAUUUCUCAAUAAAAUGGAAGUUACACAGCAAGACAACAUCUUUCUUGAGCUGAGACAAAAGUUGCAAAGUGGCCUUUUGUUUAUUCGGAGUGACGUCAGUAGGGAUGGUACAGAUGUGAAGAUAGAGUCUAAAGAAGAAUCCACCAUAAACAUCCAGACACCUGACUGGACUUAUCAGGUGAACCUAACACCUGGUGUGAGUCUAGUGGAGGGAUCAUGCCAGAAAAGUCCAGGAAUCACUGAAGACGGAUGCCACAUUAGACUGCGUGUACAGGUUGACCAGCUGACAGAGGAUUCCAGCAGUGUGAUUGGACAGCUGAAGAUUAAGGAGAAAUACUCCUUCCUGUGUCAAGCUUGUGGGUCUACGGUACUUCAAGACAGGGUUUUUAAGCGAGUUCUUCCCUUACCUAAUGGCAACUGGAACACAUUAGUGGAUGACUGGUGCUGUCACCCCGAUCCGUUUGCCAACAGGAAACUGCUCCCACGAAAUGAGGAUUGUUUACUGGGUGACACGUAUAUUCUGUUAGCCCGGGACAGUGGCUGUGAGCAGACCCUUACACAGCAAGCAAACUCAUUUCAGAAAGACUCUGCAGAGCAGAAGUGCGGAAGUAAGAGUGUGCUGGUCUCCUGUAGAAACUGCAGUACUGCACUGGGAGAGGAAAUCACUUCAGAUGUGCUGAAGUUUUACAUAACUGAAAUAUUAGUAGAGCCCAGCGAAAAUGCUGUGUGUUAUGUAACACAACCUGAUUUAGUGCCCGAGUCAAAUUCAACAAAGUUAACAAGACAGCGAUUCUUGGAGCAAAGUUUAGCCUCCAGACUGGUCGAGCUUUCAUCUGCACAAAGUAUAUUCCGCUUUUCCAUUCAAACUCCAGGUGGCAAAGCCAUGAUUUUGCUAUGGCUCUUGAACACAGACACUCUGGUCGCCUCAUUUCCUGGCACAGCAGUGAUCUCCGCAGGUGAUGUUCAUCCCAAAAAGGAUCAGUCAUGCCAGGCAGUUAGAGCAGUCAAAGUCCUCUACAUCCCCUGCUCUGACAGCAAGCACAAAGAUGUUAUAGAUGUCUGGGAGAAGGACAUCAGCGUGCACCCACUGCCGUUCCCUCAGAGCUCGUGUGAAGAGAUCCAAAAGCUUCUGAUCUCCAGCACCUCCAGGCUGCCUCCACUUCUUCGCUGCAUGAACUCAUAUCAGGUGGCGUACAUGCAGAUGUGAUGACUUGGGUACAUCAACAAGACUCAUCUCCAGUGUAUCAUCUUAUGCAAUGCUUAAUAAAAAACACUUCUUCAGCUACACUUCAAAGUGCUAUUAUGGGAUGUAAAAUGUAUUUAAUUGUAAGAUAUUAAAAACGUUUUGUACAAACCCA